AUAUUACGUAUAUCAUAUUUUUUAGCUAUAAAAUAAAAAUAAUGUAUUUAUUUUUAUAUCUUAUCUAAUUUAAAGAAUUUACUAUUAAAUAUAUCUAAAGUCAAUUUUCAUUUCAUUUUAUAGACAAUAUUCUCUCUUAAGUUGGAAAAAAUGACAGCUCCACAGGUAACAGUACCCAAUUUCUUCAAUAUUACAAUGCUGGAUUCAUUUUUGGGGGAUAGAAAUAGUUUAGUCGAUGCCGUUAUAAUUAUGGAGACCGAAUACUAUACAACAUAUGAGUUUAAGUGCGCCAAAGUUUUAUACGCGGUACUGAGUUACAUAUUUUUUAAAGCUAACACCAUAGGGCCAUCAGGAGCUUUUAUAGGGAUGGCCGCAUAUAAUCAAACUGCACACGUUCAAAUACCACUGAGAGAAGCUAAAACAUACCAAGAUUUUUUUGUGAGAGGAUUGCCUUAUUAUACAACUACAGCUUCACCAGCAAACACCAAUGCUGAUGGCGGUCUAGCUCGGGCAAAUGCGAUGCUUAACAAGGCUGGAAGAACAGGUGCUUUAAAAAAAGUGUGGCUCUUUAUAUCUGACACUUCUUCUGGGGACCCUGUGGCCAUCGCCCAAGCAAUGAAAAAUAACAAAACAGAAAUAUAUGUUUAUGCGUUAUUCAACAAAGUGGACCCCGAUAAACUGAACGGAAUAGCUUCACCAGGCAAUGUGAUGUGGUUUGACAACUAUUGUAAUGCUUUUCAAUAUAUUUUUACUCUUUAACUACUUACCUCAUUACUCCAAACUGGAUUAAUUAAAAAACGCGCCUUUCUGCAAAUAAAGAUAUCAUCUAUAAUUACCAUUGAUUAAUUUCAUAAUAUCAUGAAAAUAUUUAAUGUAUUAAUAUUACUUUUACUUUUUUAUAUUUUUAUACAUUUCUCUAAAAAUUAUCAAAUUUGGGAAAUAUUUGUGUGCUUUCAAAAUUCAAACCCUAUUUUUAAAUAUAAAAAUUUUUUAAUCCAUAAAUUUAAAGAUUACCCAUAUAUUUUCACUACAUAGUUUUUUUAAAUUGUGAAAAUUUAUUAUAAUAUUACAUUCUAUUAUAUAAUAUAUAUAUAAAUACACUAAUUAUUAAUUAUUAAUAUUUUAAAUUAUAUAAAAUUAUAUUAGAUUAUUAUAUUAAUUUUUUUAAAUAAAUUAUCAUUUUUAAAUUUUCGGAUAUAUUAUAAAUUUUAUAUUGCGUAGUUACAAUUAUUUUAAUUCUAUUAUUAUAUAAGGGAUAAGUAAAACUAUCAUUACAGAUUUUAAGGGAAGAAAUUAUAAUACGGUUAAUUAUCGCGCUUAAAUCGUAAUAAUGAUCUAUAUAAAUAUUAAAUUUCAAGGUUCGUUUAAAUUUAUUUUCAUUGUUAUUACAUAUAUUUUCAGAAAUGUUUUUAUGUGUCAAUAUUUAAUUAAUUAAUCGACAGCUAGUCAAAAGAUACGUCCACUUAGGGGUCAACUUUCCUUAUUUAUUUUGAAUAAAUAAACAAAUACUUGGCAAA